GGCGCUGGCGGUUGCGGAAUUGUCAAAAUUGUGGCGUCGUAAAAAGUUGCAUGAAAAUUUUUAGACUGAAUUUUCGCCUGUUUUCCAUGUGUAUUUCUCUGUGAAAGAAUGGGCAGAUCACGGAGUAGAUCACCGAAGCGCCGGCGGAAGAGUAGCAAACACAGAAAACACAGUAAAUCGAGAGACAGAGACCAUGAAAGAAGUUCCAAAUCGAGAAAGCGUUCCAUUUCCAUAUCUUCCGACAGCAGUAGUGAAAUACCACACAAGAGCCAUCGGAAGAGGAGCAAGGAAAUCGAUCGAUUGGCAGAAAUGGAGAGGCAACGUAGGCAGAAAGAUGCAGAGCAGAGGGUAAUUGAGGAGGAGGCCGCCAAGAGGAUAGAAUUGCUCGUGAAGAAGCGCGUGGAAGAGGAACUGGAGAAGAGGAAGGAUGAAAUUGAGCAGGAAGUGACAAAACGCGUGGAGGCGGCCAAGAAACAGAUGGAACAGGAAAUGAUGCUCGAGCUGGAAAAGCGAAGGGAGCAGGCUCGCCAAGAAGAGCAAAAGCGAGAGGAGGAGGAGAGGAAAAAACGCGAGGAACUGGAAAGCAUUUUGGCGGAAAAUAACCGAAAAAUUGAGGAGGCACAAAAGAAACUCGCUGAAGAGCGACUAGCGAUUAUUGAAGAACAGAGGAAAAUGGAUGAAGAGCGCCAAAGGAUGCGAAAAGAGCAGGAGAAGAGGGCAAAGGAGGAGCAGAAAAUGAUUCUGGGCAAGAAUAAUUCUAGGCCAAAGCUAUCAUUUUCCCUCAAGCCUGGCGUCUCGUGAAAUUGUCGCGAUUUGCCAACUGAGCCAAAUGAGAAUAUUUCCAAUUCCUAUUGAAUUUUCCCUCCUCCCCCUCCACCCCCCGCGCAGCAAUAACCAACGGGUUUUGUCCCUUUUUUCCCUUAAUCUCUUUAAGUUUGUUUUCUUUUUCCCUAAUUAUUCAUUCUCUGUUGCGUCGUUGAGCACGCGCGCAAAGCCAAUCAUUGAUUUCAAAUAGUGGUUUUUUUUUUCUUUUAUACAAUAUGAAUGGAAGAAAAAUCGAUGAUCUCUUCCUGCUUUUGAAAGUUUAAUUAUAGAGAGAUUUGAAGUAUUUUCUCCCCAUUUCCUGUGCUCUCAUUUUGAGACAAAACAAUGAGUGAAAAUGAAGUAUUUUCAUCAUGAUAGAGAAGAUGAUAAGAAGCGUUUUUGCUGUGGCAGUGGCAUUUCGUCAGAAAAAAAAAGAAAUUUUCACACUAACUAUAAAAAGGAAAUAUAAUUCAAAAGAGAGAGAGAGUGAGGGAGAUAUUAGAUUAAAUUUUCAAAUAUAUAGAUUUUCCUCUAUCGAAUAUACUCUCCUAUAUAUAUAUAUAGCAAUCCUACCACAGAAAAAUACAUAACUCUUGAAGUAAA